AAUAAAACUAGGUGUUUUCCUCCAUUCACCGUAGGAAAUUUUAAUUUUAAAUUAUAUUUAAAAAUUAAAUUUUAUUAUUUUCUUACCAAUAUUUUAAUACAACUUUUGAUUUAAUUGAACAUAAAAUUAAAAUAAAUAAAAUAAUUAUAUACUUAUUUUAAAUUAUAUUUAAGAAUAUAUAUGUAUAUAUUUAAAAUUAUAAUUUAGAUAUAUUUUUAUCUAUUUCUUUUGGAUAAAAUAUAUUACUUCAAAUUUUAUAAAAUUGAUAAAAAAGUAAUAUAAAAUUUGUAUUAUUAUCAAAAACUACAAUUAGAUGUAGAAAAAGCUAAUAAUUUUACGAUUAAAAAUUUAUAAUUUUUUCAAAAGUUGUAAGAAUUUGAAAAUCAUUUUUAAUAUAAUAAUUGUGUAAUUAUAAGAAAUAGAGAUAAAUAAUAUUUCAAAAUUUGUAAAAUAUAAUUUAUAUUAUUAUAUUAUUUAAUAUCAUAUUUGAAUAUAUUUACUUUAAUAAUGAUGUAUAAUUUACUAUCGUAUUCUAAAAAAAUUAUCAAAAAUAUAAAUAAUCAUUAAAUAUAAUUGUUUAUGUCACAUUUAGCAAUAAUCUAUGUCAUCAUUUUUAGAAGAAAACACGUUUUCGUCGUAGAGUUUUUAUUUUUAUUUUAGACAAAAGGCAACAAAUACAUUAAAAAUGAUCUAAAAACUUUAUGGGGAGUAAUUUGCUUUAUAGUAUAAGCCCAUAUCUCAUAAUAUUUAAAGUUGUAAUAUUGAAAGUUUGAAACAAUGGCAUCUAUUCCCCCUCCCUGGGAUGACUCCUGCAAAUUACUGACAUAUAUCAUAGUUUAUAGAGAAACUAGAAUACUACCCCGUACUGCGUACGGGAAUUAAAAAAUGAUUAGUUUGUUAUGUUAAAGUAAUAUAAUUUUUAGCAAAAUUUAUUGUGGGAUGUUAACUGUCCAUGUAUUCUAUUGCAAUAUUUGUAUAUCAUACUUCAGUUCUAUUAGAAUUAGGAGAGGUCGAGCGAAUUGAAUUUAGGUAGAGUUUCUUCGUUUUAAAAAUAACAUAUUUGUAAGAUUUGUAAAGAGUAUUAAAAUGUUUUUUAUAUUUAUAAAGUUAACAAAACUAUUUUAUUAUAAUGAUUAUAAAAUCUUUGAAGAUGUAUGCAAUAUUUUUGAAAUUUUGUCUAUAAUUUAAAUUGUUAAGAAUUCUAUUUUCAAUAACAUUAGAUUUUGAUAAAAUUAAAGAGCCAUUCUAUAAUUUUAAAGAUGAUAAAAUUAUAGAUAAUUUGAAAAAUAAUUCUAUAUUUUUCACUGUAAAUGUUACAUAUUAUAUCUAAAAAUAUAUGUACAUAUUAAAGUUCAAUUUCAUUAUCUUUAAAACUAUUUGACCUUUUUUAUAAGCUAUCAUAUAAAUAAGUAACAAAUUCUUAUAUUAGUCACAUAUUUUCUAAAUUUAGAUAAUAUAUUGGUACAUUGAUUUAAAAGUAAUUCAAAUCAAGUAGCAUAGAGCACUAAACCGUUUUUGUGACUUUUUUUGAGAAAUGAAUACAUCAUGCAUGCUUGAAAGCUUGUUUUUAUAAAUAUAACAUACACAUAAAAAUAUGGUAUAGAAGAUCAUAUUUGAUACAUUCGUUUUUUUUGUAAAUAAUACUUCUUUAAAAAAAAUAUAAAUCUCUUCAUUGUUAACAUAAAACAUAAAUUUAUUGAAAUGAGAUUAUGAUGAUUUAAAUUUAAUUGAAAAUAUUUUGAUAUUUGAAAUCUAAAAUAAAUAUUAAAUCCAAUCUAACAAUUAAAUAAUUGAUAGAAAUUUUUGUAUGUCCAGAUAGAAACUAAUCACAUUAUCCUUUCCCUAAUUCUUUUUUUUUUCAAAUCAAAUUCUAUUUCACUGAAGCUUGAAUUCCAUCUGUUUUCUAUAUUAUAAAUCUGGAAAAUUUGAGUUUCAUCUAUUUAAAUAGAUUUUUAGAUAUCAUAAUUUGAAAUGUAAAAUGUGUUUACCUUUUUCCACAUAGUUUUUGACACUGGGAAUGGCUUCAUGCUUCUGGUAGUAAUGCUCUGAUCUUCCACGUUGUUGUGAAAUAUUAAGGCUAAAAGUAUACUUUGAUAAAAUUUUCCACUUGAAUCAUUUCGAAAGAAUCAUGGAAAAUUGAUUUCUGAAAUAAAAAAGAAUGAACUUUUAAAAAGAUCUUUGCCACACUCAAACCAAACUAAAACAAUAAAGAAGCUGAAACUAUUGAGAAGAAAAAAAGAGAAACAAUAAAUAUAGGAGAUGGAGCAGUUUAGGUAGGGAGUUAGAAUUUUUUUUUCUUUUGAAUGUGUCCGUAGAAGCGGUUGUUUGAGAAAAUAUAGGAUUUUUUUUGGUAAUUUUAGAUUUUUCUAGAUACAUAAUUAUUUGAAACACAAUUUUUUUUUUUUAAUUUUUAAUACAAUGACACAUGUCAAAAUUUUGUUGGCUAGGUGACUUGUGCUUUAGUAUAUAAGGGAUUCUGUAGACUAUAACCCUACUUCAAUUCCAUAACCCUACUUGUUAGUCACUCUUUGUCACUCACUCUUUUUCGUUUUCAGCAUUUUGGGCUUUGUCUUUAUUUUUCGUUUGGUUCAUGUGGACUUAUCUAUAUGGGUCUGGUUUGGAUUGGGUUUAUCGAACUCGUUCUAGAGCUUAUCCACUAUAUAUUAAUUGAGAAUCAUUUAAAAAGUUAAAGAUUGUAACCUUAAAUUUGUACAAACUAAAAAGUGACUCUGCUUAGAUGUCACUUAAUUAAGAUGUCAAUUUAGCUUACGUGGCAACUUAAGAAUCAAUUGAAAAAAAUGUUGGUCCAAAUCUAAUUACUAAGGAACAUUAUAUUAACUUAAAAUAUAAGAAGUGUGUAUUCUUUCCUUAAAUAAAACACGAAAUUACAUAAUAUGAUUAACAUAUAUACGACAAUUAAUGAUUAUGAAUAAUAAAUAUUUGAUAAUUAUAUUUGCAUCAUUCUUCAUUUUUGUUUAAUUUUAUAUUAUUAAAAAAAUUAAACAAUCACAUUAACCAUAUAAUAAAAAAUUAGAUUUGUUCUUAUAUGUCAUAUUUUGAAUUUUUUUUAAAUGACUUUAAAUUACAAAAAUGAGGAAACCUUAUAUGUUAUAUUUUUUUUUUUUAAAAACUUUAAAAUACAAAAAUGAGGAAACCUUAUAUGUUAUAUUUUUCUUAUAUGUUAUAUUUUGAAUUUCUUAAAACGACUAUAAAUUAUCAAAAAUGUAAGUUUUCCUUAAAUAUACGACUAAAAGCAUUAAAAUGACAUGUAUCAAUUCGAUGGUUGAUCUGAAACCUUUCAAAACCAUAUGAAAGAUAAAUGUCAAAAUAAUUAAACUGUGGAAACAAUAUGUUCACUUUUUCCAAGAAUGUGUUCAAUGGAAAAAUAAGGUUUUUGUUUCAUAUCGAAUCCGAUCAACCCAUGAUAUAUUAAUUAUGGUUUUGUUUCAUAAUUUUUAAUAAAACUUAAUCCGAUCCAUCGGAAAGAAAUUAUAUAAUAACAACAAAAAAUAUUGUAUAUGUAUAAAUAAAAUGAUCAAAUAUAAAAAAAAAAUAUAUAUAAUAUAUAAAAAUAAACUCACCAUGCGCAAGACGCAUGUCGUAUCCUAGUUGUAUAAAUUAUAACCUUGAAUUAGCAGUCUUGCUUAACACAUUUACGUAAAUUGCCAAAUGUCUACAUAGGGUGAUUUUUUUUUCAAAAUUACUCAUGUAAUAAUCAUGAGGUAAGAUGUGACAUUUUACUACAAAAUUAAUUAUUUUCUUCUUGAUAGCUAGAUUUUUUUUAAAAAAAAAUUGAAUAAAAAAGAUAAUAUAUAAGGAUUUUCAUUUUAUUAAAAACGGCAUAAGAUAGUAUAUAUACAAAGUUAUCUAAAACCAAAACUAUAUAUUCUAUACUAUAUGAAUAUUAAAUGUAAUAAAUUUGGGAUAGUUUUUUUAUUUUAAAAUGAUCAUUUGAGAAAUAUAUAUUUGUUUAGUUGAAAGAGUAAGUUCAUAACAUAUGUGAAAAAUAUAGAUAUAUUUGUCCAGCACAAUCAUUUGUAAACAAAAUUUUUGUUGAGGAGAAUGAAAACAAAUAAUUUGAGAUAGGUGAAACAAUUUUAAGGAUGUUAAUGUUAAGGAAUAAAACAAAAAAAAAGGAGAGAGGAAGAGACCAGAGAAUUAGAAGGUUGUGGCUUUGAGACUAAAUUUUAGAAGGUAUUAUCAUCCAAAAAUCUUAUAAUUAUUAUAUAUUGUACCCUCUUAAGUUGUCUUGUGUGUAUAGAAUUAAAUUAACUAAUUUUUUUUUUUGGUUAUUGAAUGCAGUUACCCAACAUAUUUUUAGAGACCAUAUUUUAGAGAGCAUUUUCAUCCAAAAGUCCUAUAUAAUAUACUCCCUCUGUUUCAAAAUAAUACAUGUUUAAAUUUUUUUACAUUUUUUAGUAAAACAGAUUAAAACUUAGUUAUAACUGCAUGGUUUUUUAUAAUUUUAUAUUUCCUAUAUUUUUAAAUCAAUAAAAAAUUAAAAAAUGUAAUUAAUGUUCUUGAACUUCACAAUUUCUCAUUACUAGUUGACAAAAAUUGCAUUGAAUAUAUAAAAUAUAAUUUUUUUGAAACAAUUUUUUUUUAGAAUAUGCAUCUUUUUGAAACGGAUGGAAUAUAACAUAUCAUAACUCUUAAAUUGUUAUAGAGAAUUAACUAAAGCUUGUGUAGUUAUUGAAUGCAGUUACCCAACAUAUUUUUGGUAUUUAAAAGUAUCUCAUGUGUUUGGGUAUUCAAGACUCCUAAAUUUCAGGGGCCCUAGUUUAGACUCGACUCUCAAUCUCUUGUUUAUAUUUUUUUACUAAAAUAUAUAUAUAUAUAUAUAUAUAUAUAUUUUUUUUUAAAGGGGUGCAACAUGAGGAUCUCUUGUUUAUAUUUGUAUCACUAAGACAAUUCAUCUCUUGUAACACAAGAAAGGUGAUGACUCUUUACGUGGAUGUCAGACAAAGCAAAAUGUUCCUCCCUUUUGUAUAUAUUAUAUAUUACAGUAUAUUUUUGAGGUAUAAAUAUCACUGGCUAAUCAAUGAGAUAUACAAAUCGUCUCUCGAUGGACUACAGGAGGUUGGUGUCCAAGCUAAUGCCAAGUUGGAAGCGUGAGGCAGAAGUAAAAAAGAUCGGUUACAAGGUUCAUGGCCAUCCUUUCUCCACCAACACAAGGCGUGUUCUAGCUGUCCUCCUUGAGAAAGGGCUCUUAUAUGAGCCCAUUACUGUUGACUUGAAAUCUGGUGAACACAAAAGUGAAUCUUUCCUCUCUCUCAACCCAUUUGGUCAAGUUCCAGUUUUUGAAGAUGAAAACGUUAAGCUGUUUGAGUCUCGAGCCAUCACACAAUACAUCGCAUAUCUUCAUAGCGCAAGAGGCACGCAGCUUCUGAGUUUAGAAAGCGAGGAGACACUGGCAACACUAACAAUGUGGAUGGAAAUCGAAGCUCACCAGUUCGAUCCAUUUGCAUCAAGACUCACUUGGGAGCAAGUCAUUAAACCUCUCUACGGUCUAGAGACUGACCACACGGUAGUCAAAGAAAACGAGGCUGGACUAGAGCAGGUUCUAAAUGUCUAUGAAAAACGACUCGGAGAAUCUAGAUUCUUGGCUUGUAAUACCUUUACUUUGGUUGAUCUUCACCACUUACCCAAUAUACAAUACCUUUUGGAAACUCCAACAAAAGGAUUGUUGGAAAAUCGACCUAGAGUACGUAUGUGGGUUGAUGAGAUUACUGGUAGAGAGGCUUGGAAGAUGGCUUGUGAUCAAGAAAAGUCCUGGUUUGGUAAGCAAAGGAAAGAUGAUAUUACGGGAAAGGCUAUCAAGAUGCCUUGUGAACAAACAAAGUCCUGGUUUGGUAAGCAAAGGAAAUAAAUGAAAGCAAAAGAAAACUGUGUGUUGUGUUUGUGUCGUUGUUUGUAAGCGCGUGCUGUUUCUAAAGUAAGCUUCUUUUGUUUGUUGACUGCUGUGGAAUGCAUGAUAUGCAUCUUAUAAGAUUCGUUGUGUGCUGGCUCAUGUAUGUCUGAUGUAUAUGAAUAAAGGAAUACAAUAAUUUACUUGUUUUUAAAGUUA